GGCUCCGCGUUGGAAGAAGGGAGAGAGUCGGCGUCGCGGACAGACUCGCGCUGCCCACGCGUUCGGUUGUCUCCUGUUGACUUGCUGUCCGCACCCUCGCACAAUGGAUGCCCCGAGGCAGGUGGUCAACUUCGGGCCGGGGCCCGCCAAGCUGCCGCGGUCGGUAUUGUUAGAGAUCCAAAAAGAAUUACUAGACUACAAAGGUGUUGGGAUUAGUGUUCUUGAAAUGAGCCACAGGUCAUCAGAUUUUGCUAAGAUUCUUAACAAGACAGAGAAUCUUGUGCGGGAAUUGCUAGCUGUUCCAGACAACUACAAGGUGAUUUUUGUACAAGGAGGUGGGUCUGGCCAGUUCAGUGCUGUCCCCUUAAACCUGAUUGGCCUGAAGGCAGGACGGUGUGCUGACUAUGUGGUGACAGGAGCUUGGUCAGCUAAAGCUGCAGAAGAAGCCAAGAAGUUUGGGACUGUGAAUAUCGUCCAUCCUAAACUUGGGAGUUACACAAAAAUUCCAGACCCGAGCACCUGGACCCUCAGCCCGGAUGCCUCCUAUGUGUAUUACUGUGCUAACGAGACCGUGCAUGGUGUGGAGUUUGACUUUAUCCCUGAUGUCAAGGGGGCAGUGCUGGUUUGUGACAUGUCCUCGAACUUCCUAUCUAAGCCAGUGGACGUUUCCAAGUUUGGUGUGAUUUUUGCUGGUGCGCAGAAGAACGUUGGCUCUGCGGGGGUCACGGUGGUGAUCAUCCGUGAUGACCUGCUGGGGUUCGCCCUCAGAGAGUGCCCCUCGGUCCUGGAGUACAAAGUGCAGGCUGGGAAUAACUCCUUGUACAACACACCUCCCUGUUUCAGCAUCUACGUCGUGGGCUUGGUCCUGGAGUGGAUUAAGAACAAUGGCGGUGCAGCGGCCAUGGAGAAGCUUAGCUCCAUCAAAUCGCAGAUGAUUUAUGACAUCAUCAAUAAUUCUCAAGGAUUCUAUAUAUGUCCAGUGGAGCCCCAGAAUAGAAGCAAGAUGAAUAUUCCAUUCCGCAUUGGCAAUGCCAAAGGAGACGAUGCUUUAGAAAAAAGAUUUCUCGAUAAAGCUCUGGAACUCAAUAUGAUCUCCUUGAAAGGUCAUAGAUCUGUGGGAGGCAUCCGGGCCUCCCUGUAUAAUGCCGUCACGAUCGAGGAUGUUCAGGAGCUGGCGACCUUCAUGAAGAAGUUUUUGGAGAUGCAUCAGUUAUGAGCACAUUCUAACCAAUAUAUACUCUGCCUCUGAAUAAUGUACAAAAUUUAAAGUAGCUUAGCAAUGGCUUCAAAAACUUAAACUUGAUAUUUUUCUUAAAGAACAUGCUUAUUAUAGAUUCUUUUUUUCUCAGAUAACAGCAAAACAUCCACAGCUCUGCAAAGCUGCUGUGACUUAACAGACACCUUAAUUUUGACUUGAACUGGAAGCAUUUUAAAAAUCUUCCUUUAGCUUUUCUAACAAUUCCAGCUUAUGUUAUCUUUGCUGCUACUUUUUCUAGCUAGAUCUCAGUAUUCAUACUUGCCUGUGGACUGACUUAAAGUGCAGUUAAUUGUUUCUGGAGAUGCCCAAACACACAGCAUGGAGGGUGGGUGCGGGCCACUGGGUGCUGAAUCUUGAUCCUUUCCAAAAUGACAGCAGUGGGGUGUCCUGAGUUCCACAGCUGUUAAUUCAGGUUAACGUUGACCAUGUGGUGAGUGUUUAGGAGUUCCAGGCUAAAACACAAACUGGAAAUCCUUCUUUAUACUGUUAUUUUCAUAAAGAGAUAAAAGUGACACACUAUGUGUUUACAUAGCAAGGCCUGUUUUUAAUACCAAAUAGUUUAUAUCUCUAUGCAUUUAUAUUUCUAAUAACGUGGUUCUUGAUGAUGUAUGUAGAGACUUUUGAGAAAUAUGGUUCUGUCUCGCCUCUCCCCUCCUCCCUCUUAAAGCCACUUCACAAGAUUUUGAAGUUCCUUGAUUUAUUUUCCUUUUAGUGGGUAAAAGAGAAGCUUGGCUUGUAGGUUUGUUCUUUAUUUUUCAGUUAUGCCGUUAAACUAAAAAUCUCUGUUAAACUCCCUUAUCGUUUGUUCACUUGACUGUUCUCAUUACAGUGUUUGACUAGAGUGAUGCUGUGAGUUCUGGAAUAUUCUUAUUAAAGCAUCUUUUCCCCUAUUGUUCAUUCAAUGUCAGUAUUUUAUGUUGAAUACGUGAAGGACAUUAAAGUCGUAAAGCAUCUAAAUAAA